AGUGCUCACGAACUCCUUGGACUCUUCAGACAAGACCUCGCUCAAAGUAGUAAACCGAAGUAUCGAUAGUGGACAAGUCGCGUUUUUUGAGCUUCCACGUGGGGAUCGUCGUGCGGCACGUGUGACAAGUUUGUAGUUUUGUUGUUGAUUUUGGGCUUGUGUUGAUGUGUGAAGUUCAGUGCGGUGAUUGUGGCUGAAGGUAAACAAAUUACACCUUGUGGAGUUAGAAGAGUGAUAAUGGUGCAAGCAGAGUUGAACAGAGAAGAAGCAACUUCAUACGACGAACGUAUUGCUGGUGCGAAGCAUUGAGUAAUUCUACAGCUGAAGAGUGAGCUGGCUGACCUGUAACUUGGUCACAGAGAUUAAUUGGCUGGAAGCGCGGUGUGCUGCGGCGAAGGAUGACCUAAAGGCCUCUUCCGUUUGGCUCUUCCCCACCUCUCUCCUCCCCCCCUUGAUCACACCUCGCGCGGCAAAAUGUCCCCCUUCGUCCGGUGCCCGUGGAAACUGACCCUGGUAGUGUUCCUGAUGGUCGCCAGCUGCUGCAGCCAGGUCAACGACAACAGCCUGAAUCCCCUCGCGGCGUCCGAAUCUUCUCACAAACCGCUUAUUCGACACACACGUGCGCUUGGCUUCUUCCAGAAGAUCGCCACCAUGGGCCGCCUGUUCUACCAGCAGUACAACGACACCACGUGGACGCUGAAGAACGUGUACGACAUCCUGAGCAACGAGUUCACCGACACGUUCACCACCACCACGCCAAAUCCCCUGCUGCCAACCACAACGGCCGAUCCGUCCACAAGCACCACGGCCAAGUACCGCAUCUCCAGGGCCGAGCUGGGCGUAAUCCUGAACCGGAACUACCGAGGACUGCAGAAGCUUUUCCGCACCGAGUGGAAUGACGCCUGGAAUCAAACCAAAUACAACGUCGACUUCUACAAGCAGGAGCUGAAGAACUCCGCCUUCCCGAAGAUCACCAGGAAUACGACGACGACCACGGUCAAGCCCUGAGACUCCGCGAAAGGUUCCGCGUUAUUUGAGGUUAUGUGUUCCACAGUUUACCUUCUUUUGUUUGUAGCGAAAAAAAAAUCUGGAUGAGACUAUAAGUACCUAAGUUGAGGGGAUUUCUCUGUGAUAGCAACGAAACUUACUUAUUUUGUGCUUUUUUGUGUAACACGUUAAGGUUUUAGGAGUUAGAGAAGACACUUUUGCUCAGUUUAAUAACCAUCCUUGUACAGAUUCGGUAAGGUUUAGCAAGACUUUGAACGGUGAACUCUUUUGCCACGAUUGAUGGAACUAACGGAUACAGUGUGCACUGUUAGUCCCCUCAACGAGUUCACCAAUUAGUGUUAGUCAAUGUCGAAUAAUCUUAGCUGUGCAAAGACUUUCGAAAAGUGCCAAUAAAAACAACUUGAUUUACUGCA